CGUCACCCAAGAGCUAGACUUGGCAACUCGACUUUUUUUUAAAUCACUGACAAGCAUUUUGCAGAUCGUGUUUAAAUCUUCCGCCCGACCUAUUAGCAAAUAAACAACCCACCCCCCCAAAAAAAGGACUCCAUGAGUUCAUAGCUUCAGCCACUUUCCCUUUCAACUCGCGUCACAUCCCUUUCUUUGCGCCGGCAGCUCCGUGAGCGCCUUGCCCUCUUUGCGCCGCCAUGAGAGUCGCUUCCGUGCUAGGAAUCGCUGGCCUGGUGGCCGUGUCACAGGCUACCAGGAUUGCCAGGGAUUACACCAAGAACGACUAUUAUGUGCUGCAUCUCGACCGGUCAACACAGCCCAGCGAUAUUGCGGCUCGCCUUGGAUUAACACACGAAGGCCAGCUCGGAGAGCUCACUGACCACCACGUAUUUCGCGCCGAGAAGCACGAUCGAGAUAUCGUCAAGGAUGAGGUACGAGAGCGCAAAAGGAGGAAACGAGACGUUGGCGGGUACGACAUCCUGGAUGGAGUCCUCUUGACAACCAAGCAAGAAGCUCGUAGCCGUCUGCAGAAGAGAGUUAUCCCGCCCAGGGACAAUGUGCUUCCCCGCCUUCCUCAAAAUCAAAAGCCUGACGAUUCGGCGGUCCUCGCUCAAACAAACCUCAUGAGAGACCUGGGCAUCGCCGAUCCAACUUUUACAGAGCAGUGGCAUCUAUACAAUACGGUGCAGGUUGGCCAUGAUGUCAAUGUUACUGGGCUCUGGCUCGAGGGCAUUACUGGAAAGAAUGCAACAGUCGCUGUGAUCGAUGACGGUCUGGAUAUGUACAGCCGAGACCUAAAGGACAAUUAUUUCGCCGAAGGCUCUUGGGAUUUCAAUGACAACGACCCGGAACCUAAACCGGUAUUGUCAGACGACAAACACGGCACCAGAUGCGCUGGCGAGAUUUCUGCAGUCCGCAACGACGUAUGCGGUCUCGGCGUCGCCUACGACUCCAAGAUUGCAGGCAUCCGAAUUCUGAGCAGCCCUAUUAGUGAUGCGGAUGAAGCUGAGGCCAUGAUCUACAAAUUUCAGGAUAAUCAAAUCUACUCCUGUUCCUGGGGACCUCCAGACGAUGGCAGAUCCAUGGAAGCCCCUGAUGUUCUGAUUCGACGAGCCAUGCUCAAGGGUAUUCAGGAGGGCCGGGGUGGCCUUGGUUCCAUCUAUGUUUUCGCCAGCGGUAACGGUGCAGCGAGCGGCGACAACUGCAACUUUGACGGAUAUACAAAUUCAAUCUUCAGUAUUACAGUCGGUGCGGUUGAUCGUGCUGGCCAGCACCCGUAUUACUCGGAACACUGCUCCGCCUUGCUCGUUGUUACUUACAGUAGUGGCGGCGGCGACGGUAUACACACAACUGAUGUUGGGGAAAAUGCCUGCUAUGGAGCUCAUGGAGGCACAUCAGCCGCGGCACCGCUUGCGGCGGGUAUCUUUGCCCUGGUCAUGCAAGUUCGCCCAGACCUGACUUGGCGAGACAUGCAAUACCUUGCCAUGGAUACUGCUAUCAAAUUGGACGACGAGACAGACGCCGAGUGGCAGACCACUUCUGCUGGGAGACAAUUUAGCCACACUUUUGGCUACGGCAAAGUCGACUCAUACGGUCUCGUUGAGAGGUCCAAGACAUGGCAGAAGGUGAAGCCUCAGGCCUGGUACUUUUCACCUUGGCUGCAUGUCAAAAAGGACAUUCCUGAAGGCAAAGAUGGGCUGGCAAUGAGCUUUGAUGUGACUGCUGAUAUGCUCAAAGAAGCCAACUUGGCUCGUCUGGAGCAUGUCACUGUCACCAUGAACGUCGAACACACUCGCCGUGGCGAUUUGAGCGUGGAUUUGGUCAGCCCUGACAACGUUAUCAGCCACAUUUCUGUUUCUCGCAAAGGGGACAACUUUAAAGGCGGUUACGAUGACUGGACAUUUAUGUCCGUUGCCCAUUGGGGCGAGAGUGGUGUUGGAAGAUGGACUGUUAUUGUCCGAGACACGGAAGUGAACAACGAAAAGGGCAAAUUUAUCGACUGGCACCUGAAGCUUUGGGGCGAGAGCAUUGAUGCCAGCAAGGCCAAGAUCUUACCCAUGCCGUCCGAGGAUGAUGAUGCCGACCAUGAUGUGAUUCAGUCCACCGUUUCGGGAGCGGCCUCUACCAAAUCGAUCGCAGCGCCAAGCACAACCAAAUCGGCUGUCACCGCCAACCCUACAGACCACCCUGUGCGCCCAACGAAACCUGGGGCACAGCCUACAGAAUCAUCGACCAAACCCCAAGAAACCUCUGCCGAUGAAAAGCCAUCAGACACUGAGCACGAGGUCACUACCGGUACUGAAUCUGCCCAAGCAUCCAGUUCGACUAGUCCAUCUUCAUGGGUCUCCUGGCUUCCUACAUUCGGAACCAAGGCUAAGAUCUGGAUCUACGCCGCCCUUGGCUUGAUUGUCGCAUUUUGCUGCGGCCUGGGCGUCUACCUCUGGGUUGCGCGCCGCCGCCGCCUUCGCAACAACCCCCGUAACAACUACGAAUUUGAACUUCUCGACGAGGAAGAGACUGAAGGCCUUAACAGCGCCGAGAAGGGCGCCAAUGGAGGCAAGAAGACGCGCCGGACUCGUGGCGGAGAGCUCUACGAUGCCUUUGCGGGCGGCAGUGACGAUGACGACGAGUUUGACGAGUAUAGAGAUCGAUCAGCCGAGAGGCUGGCGGGACAUAAUCCCGAUGAUGAGCCGGAGCAUUAUGUCGUUGGUGAGGAGAGCGAUGACGAUGACGAUGACGAUGGCCAUGAAAAACAGAGGCUGUCGAGUUGAAUAUAGACGAGAAGCGCUUCUCUUACCCUCUUGUUGUGUGUUUUUUUGAAUGAAACAAAAAAGAAUUUUUUUUGAACAUCAGGUAUUCAUUAGACGGAGUAUUUUUCUUUCAAUUAUACCAUUAAUUUUUUUUUUUGGCGGUCCUCGAUUAAUUACUCUGUUUUGCCUAAAUGCCCCUGUGGUGGUUUCUGUCUUUAUAUGGAAUGCUUGGGCAAUAUUUCUUGUCUUGGAUAGGGAUAUGUAUUUCUAAGGUGUAGAUACCUACCUAUCCGCAUACCUAUGUAAUAGGUAUAUGAUAAUAUGAACUACUCGUGGAUGGAUGGAUGAGGAGCGUAAUUGAUGCUGAUGUUGGCUCUCCCGUGCGCUACGUCCCGAAUGUGCCCCUGGUUUAGGCCCGGGGCUUGGUUAUGCUUUGUGUCGCUGCCAAAACUAUUAUAUGCCAUUUUAGCCAGGCCAUAUAUCCUUUGAUAAGAUACUUCUAAGGUG